GAAGAAGCGCCUUUGCCCUCCCAUCUUCCGCCCUGACCGCCUCCCCUUUGCUGAGUCCACCUUCCCUCAGUCCUCUCCUUCCUCGGAAGCGCCAGGGGCUGCAAGAGCCGGACUAAGGAUGGCUUCAACCGCAACCUGCACCAGGUUUACCGACGAGUAUCAGCUCUUUGAGGAGCUUGGAAAGGGAGCUUUCUCAGUGGUGAGAAGAUGCAUGAAAAUCACUACAGCACAAGAAUAUGCUGCCAAAAUUAUCAACACUAAAAAGCUGUCAGCAAGGGAUCACCAGAAAUUAGAGAGAGAAGCUAGAAUCUGUCGCCUUUUGAAGCACCCUAAUAUUGUGCGGCUUCAUGACAGCAUAUCAGAAGAAGGAUUUCAUUACUUAGUCUUUGAUUUAGUUACUGGAGGUGAAUUAUUUGAGGACAUUGUUGCAAGAGAGUAUUACAGUGAAGCAGACGCAAGUCAUUGCAUUCAGCAGAUCCUGGAGGCUGUGCUACAUUGCCAUCAGAUGGGCGUAGUCCAUCGGGACUUGAAGCCUGAGAACUUGCUUCUAGCAAGCAAGUCAAAAGGAGCAGCUGUAAAACUGGCAGAUUUUGGAUUAGCAAUUGAAGUGCAAGGUGAACAACAGGCCUGGUUUGGUAAGAAAACAUUUUCAAAAAUGCUGCUGAUCUUUCUUCAGUAUGCUAGUCUGAUUAAAAUUACUGUCCAUGUGCCUUAUGCGCUAGGAGAUCUCAUGGAUUUCCCAUGUAUCUUCUCCCUCAGGUAUUCUUUACGUGAGCUAAUUUUACUCAUUAGUUUAAUACCAUUUGCAGGUGUUAUACUCUAUAUCCUCUUGGUGGGAUACCCUCCCUUUUGGGAUGAAGAUCAACAUAGACUCUAUCAACAGAUCAAAGCUGGUGCUUAUGAUUUUCCUUCCCCAGAAUGGGAUACGGUGACCCCAGAAGCAAAAGAUCUUAUCAACAAAAUGCUUACAAUCAAUCCUGCCAAACGCAUCCAUGCAUCAGAGGCCCUCAAACACCCAUGGAUCUGUCAACGCUCUACUGUUGCUUCUAUGAUGCACCGGCAGGAGACUGUAGAUUGUUUGAAGAAGUUCAAUGCAAGAAGGAAACUCAAGGGAGCCAUUUUAACAACAAUGUUGGCUACAAGAAAUUUCUCAGCAGCCAAGAGUUUAUUGAAGAAACCUGAUGGAGUAAAGAUAAACAACAAAACCAACGUAGUAACCAGCCCUAAAGAAAAUAUUCCCACCCCGGCGCUGGAGCCCCAAACUACAGUAAUCCACAAUCCAGAUGGAAAUAAGGAAUCAACAGAGAGUUCCAACACAACCAUUGAAGAUGAAGAUGUAAAAGCUCGUAAACAAGAGAUCAUCAAGGUUACCGAGCAGCUGAUAGAAGCUAUCAAUAAUGGGGAUUUUGAAGCCUACACGAAAAUCUGUGAUCCUGGUCUGACCUCAUUUGAGCCUGAAGCUUUGGGAAAUCUUGUAGAAGGGAUGGACUUCCACCGGUUUUAUUUUGAAAAUGCUUUGUCUAAGAGCAACAAGCCAGUCCACACCAUUAUCCUGAAUCCCCAUGUCCACCUGGUAGGGGAUGAUGCUGCCUGCAUUGCAUAUAUCCGACUGACUCAAUAUAUGGAUGGAAGUGGAAUGCCAAAAACGAUGCAGUCAGAAGAGACACGGGUUUGGCACCGCCGGGAUGGAAAAUGGCAAAAUGUUCACUUUCACCGUUCAGGAUCACCAACCGUUCCUAUCAACUAAAUGUCAGCGCCACCCACGUUGUGUCCACGCACUCCGCACUUGGUUGGCUCCCCUGGGCCAUCCCUUGGCUCUCUUCAUGCAUGUUCUCUGAGUGCAUGAAGCUGUGAAGUUUCUUCAAGUGAUUGCAUCAUUUUGUUGUAUAUUCCAUUGAUAGCUUUUGUUUACCCUUCACUGAAGGAAAUGUUUCAUGGCAGUUGGAAAGAGAGGAACAAGAAUAAAGUGUAAAGGGAAAAAUUGAAAUGUGAGAGUAUAUUCAGACUAUACAUCUCCAGCCAAAAUACAAAUAUCAUCUGCAUGUGCACCCUAUAAAAACAAAGGUUAAAAGUAAUUAACUUUGUUUUAAUUUUUAUUCUUUUCUGAAUCAUUUGUUUUUAAAGGUUGUUGCCUAAUCCUUGUGUCAUAGAAGGAUUAAUAAAAUUCCUACAAACAGCAUCUUUAAUGUAGGAUGUAUGGUAGACAUAGUGACUUAGACCAAAGCAUUUUGGUUUGAGAUCUUGGGAAGUUGCCUUUGCUAGGAUUCACUAUGUAUAACUGGAAGAAGAAGAAAAAGAAGAAGAAGAAGAAAGGACAAAAUUUGCAGAUUUGACUUUAACAAGAAUAAUUUGUCACUGCGGUCAUUUGUUCAGCAAUGUAACAGCAAAUAGUUUUUUCUUUCUUUUCUAAUUGCUUAUUCAGCCUCAUUUUCAGAAAAAACAACAACAGCAUUUUUAGCUUUCAGAAGCCAAACAGUAAACAGAUUCAAUGUAGCUUCUGGUGAUAUAGCUUAUGGGUAAAAUAAAACUUUUCUUAAUCAUUUUUUGGAUGUACAGUACAUUUAUUAAAGCAAGAUGUAGAGGAUUUUUUAACUGAUAUUCUAAUAAGAUGUGUAGCAAUCUAGAACAAUUAGGUCUUAAAAGCUUAGUAUCAGAAGUCUAAAUUUUCUUUGUAUCAAUUUAUUACCAGGAAACACCUGUUUUCUAAUAAUGUUGUCAAAUUUAACAGUAAUUUAUCCAUUUUUCAUGGCUUGUUGACAGCCUUGAAGUAUGAAAUAAAACAGUAAUUGUAGAUUUAUUAAUUUCUUCAUUUUCCUACAUGUCAAAUGUCCCUCAAAUGUCUAUUACUGCAUGUAUACCUGCAAAACAAGCAGUUGAACACAUGUUUGGAUAAUGUUUGUUUGCUUUUCUUAUAUAAAUAUAACAUAUUUCCAAAAGUACUGCUCCUUCUAUUUCAGUUUUUCUUAAAAAAAUGUAUUAAUACUUUUCUUUCUUAUUAAAAUAUUUUUCUUUAAGUAGGGCAAUCAAUUUUUGUAACACUGUAUAGCGCAUGAUAUUUUGAUUAAUAUUCUUUUUGGUAACUAAAAAAUUACAACUUAUAACAGCUUGAAAAUUUUUAAAGACAGAGGAAAAAAAGUCCCAAUUUGUAUAACUUUCAUUUCUCUAUACUGAUUAUUAAUCAAAAGUGGAUCUUAUUCUUUAUACCUUGAUGUUGUAAACAUUAUGUUAGAAAAAUUUAAGCUUUUCUGAUGAUAGUUAUUAUAUACUUUCAACCCACAGAAGUAUUGAGAACAAUCAUCAGUAAAUGUCUCAAGCCAUAUUAAUCUGCUAGUGGGAUCUGUGAAAAGAUAACGGCGUCAUGCAUAAUUUUCAUUAAUAAAUUUCUUUUGUGAAGCAGAUUUAGGUGGCAUUAGUGUAUUUUUAUGUUAUGGAAAUAUGGCAUAGAUUUUUUUUACUCUUUUACCAUAGCAUGCGGUGAUGCCAUAUUAUUCUAGAUCGUCUGUCUUCCACUGAGAUGUGAGAAAUACAAUGUGAGUUAGUUCUCUGCACUCCACCUGAAUUAUACAUCUACUUUUUGCCAUUUUAAUACACUGCAGUUUACUAUGAGACAGUGUAUAGGUAUUUGUGUGUUUAUACAUAUAUAUGUCUCUGUGUGUACACAUAUAUAUGUGUGUAUGCAUAUAUAUGUACAUAUAUGUGUGUGUGUGCGCGUGUAUCUAUAUAUUGAUAUAUUGAUAUAGAUAUAUAGAUAUAUAUCUCCUGCCAUAAUGGUAAAGAACUGACAGAUAUAUUUAAGAUUAAUAAAUUUGUGAUUUAUGCUGACA